CGCUGGCGGCGGGCUCGGCGGCUCGCGCGGCUGAGCGCCGACGAGGCUUCGGUCGAGAUCCUCAACGAGAUGUAUCAGCUCGAGAUGCCCUUCAUCAUCACCAAGGCUGCCGAGUUCGCGCUGUUCCGCACGUUUGGCGUGCCGACGAUUUCCAAGCUGCUCGACUCCACCAAGGGCUUCGAGCCCGACAACGUCCUGUCUCGCUACGAGGACACGACGCUGCUCAUCCAGCACUUCGCCUACUUCGACGUGCGCAGCAACCAGCACGCCGCCGCCGCGCUGGCCCGCUUCAACCAGAUCCACGGUUUCUACGCCGACCGCAUCUCGAACGACGACAUGCUGUACACCCUCUCUCAGUUCAUGCUCGAGCCGGCGCGCUUCUGCGCGCGCUUCGGCUGGCGCGCCUUCACGCCGCACGAGCGGGAAGCCUGCUUCAACUACUGGCGAGUGCUCGGCGAGCGGAUGGGCAUCCGGCAGAUCCCGACGACGGUCGACGAGCUGGAUGCAUGGAACCGAGCGUACGAGGCGCGGGCGAUGCGGUACAGCGUUACCAACCAGCGCGUCGCCGAGGGGUCGGUGCUGCUCUUCAUCAAGCCCUACCCACGCUGCGUCCAGCCGCUCCUCCGGCGAGUCAUCUACGCGCUGCUCGACGACCGCCUCACCGACGCAAUCGGCGCGCCUCGCCAGCCGGCUUGGCUCAAGGGCCUCGUGCGCGGGCUGCUCCGCGCGCGCGCGGCGCUCGUCCGCCGCCUCUUGCUGCCGCGC